UGCGGUUGUGUGUGUACUGUAUGUGUACCUGUGUAUGUACAUCUGCGUGUGCUUGCUGCCUGGUAUAAAUAGCGUGGGAUGUGUGCCGGCCGGUGAUUCUGUGGAAGACGAUGGCUGUUCCAGGACCUCCUCUGCUCCUCUUUCUGUCUCUGCUGUUGCCGCUGCUGUUGAGCAAGGCGUCCCUGCCUGCAGCUGCAUACACACUCUCCCCCGGACGGCAGCACAAAGUCCUCCAUCUGGACUGGCCUAAGGAUUGUGGGAUGGCCCACUUCAAGCCCAACAUGGCUGAGAGGAUUGUGUCUGGGAACGAAGCCAGACCUCACUCCUGGCCCUGGCAGGUUUCUCUGCAGGUUCGUCCAAGGGGGAGUAAACAUUACAUUCAUGUCUGUGGAGGAACCCUCAUCCACAAGAAUUGGGUCCUAACUGCUGCUCACUGCUUCCAAAAAGGUAAAGCUGAGGAUGCCGGGAGCUGGAGGAUCGUCCUGGGGAAGCAUCAGCUGAGGCGCUCAGAGACUGCAGAGAGGGUUUUCCCUGUGAAGAGGAUCUACCGUCAUGAGAACUUCCGCUAUCCCAUGCACAGCGAACUGGAUUACGACAUUGCCCUGGUGAAGGCCGGCACAGACAUUGUCCCUUCCAACUUCAUCCGCUACGCCUGCCUGCCGCGCAAGCAGACCAGCCUUAGACCAGGACACUACUGUUGGGUCACAGGCUGGGGGGACACCCGGGGUGGAAAGGAGAAUGUGUCUCUGGCAGAAGCUUUGAAUCAAGCCCGUCUUCCCAUCAUUGACUUCAAGACCUGUCGGCAGAAGAAGUUCUGGGGCGACCGCGUCCGAGACUCUAUGAUCUGCGCUGGGUUUAGAGACACUGAAGAUCCCCCCGCAGCGUGCCAGGGUGACUCUGGUGGUCCUCUGCUGUGCCAGCUGGGGCAUGACCGCUGGGAAGUGCACGGCGUGGUGAGCUUUGGCCCCAUCGGCUGCACUGUGGAGAACAAACCCAGCGUGUUCACCCGCACCGCCACCUACAUCCCCUGGAUCGAAGCAACACGCAUCAGAGACUUCUUCCUGCACUAAGUGGGACAGCUUACUCAGCGCUGACAGCAAACAUAAGCUCCGCUCUGUGUUUUCGUCACCUCUCGGACGUCUACAGAUAAAUUAAUAUAAUCUGUGUGUCUCCCUCUGUCCCACACACCAUUUCUGGAACUUAUUCAACCACUUCAAGAUGUAAAUACAUGUUCUGUAUGUGCAAUAAUCAUUUUCUAACUCACCAUAUUAGGCAGUAUACACUAUGCAGUUCUCUAAUUUUUGAACACUUGCUUGUGAAAGAGCACUGUAUAGUUUAGACUACUCAUGACCUUUUACAGUCUACAUU